AUGAGUUUGUUUGAUGGCCCUAAUGGAUUUGUAGGACGCGAUGUCAUUUUCCGGGCGGUGCAGUUCGAGUUGUAUCGCAAGCCGUCUGUUGUUAGUUACCCAAGACAUGCGGUUGUGUUGAACCCACAUCACACGCGAGAGGUGCGACAACAUGCAGGCCUCCACAAUGGAAAGAAUGGUAAUAAUAAUAAUAACAAUAAUAACAAUGAUGAUGAAUGCAGCAGUAACAGUGAAGAAGAGGAAGAAGAAGAAGAAGAAGAAGAGGAGGAGGAAUCGGGGAAUGAUACCUUUGAUGAUGAUGAUCCAUUAAAUCUUGAGGAGAAUAUGAUGCUAUGUCGAAAUGAACAAUUGCGUCAGUUGCUACAUUUGCGUUGGCAGCGAAUUGGUCCAGCAGGAUGUGGAUUGCAGAAUUUGGGCAAUACGUGUUUUGCGAAUAGUGUUCUUCAGGCAAUUGCCUACACACCGGCCCUUGCGCAAUACUUUGCAGGAACAUUUAAAGCGGCCUGUUCGCAUUCUGUUGGGGCCCCUUAUGAUUACGCCUUUGCGUUGGGUGAAACUAUACGAAAGAUCCACACCGCCUCUCAUGGGGCGUAUCGCCCAGCGCUUAUCAUUUCCAAUCUCAAGUCUCUUUCCCCUCACUUUAGACUUGGACGCCAGUGCGACGCCCAUGAGUUUUUAGUACACUUACUGCACUCAUCCCAUCGAUCUAUUUUAUUUCGUCAAGUUGGCUCAAAGAAAGUUCCUCCACGUAUUGAACAUACAAGUGCACUUCAGCGUAUUAUUGGCGGUUAUCUUCGUUCACUUGUGGCUUGGAGUCGAGAUGAGGAAAUUCAACGCCUUCGGAAAGUGGGUAAAGUGCAGGAAGCGGCGGAUCUUCAGAUAAGCUGUCAACAUCAUCAUCAACAACAACAACAAAAACAUGCUAGAAAUGGAAAUAGUAUGAACCACAACGGUAUUAAAGCAACAACAACUAGUAAUGAUGUACUAGAGUCAAAAACGUAUGAUCCUUUUGUUACUCUUAGUGUAGAAGUGGUGGGACACACUUUGGCUCAUUGUUUAACAAAACUUUGUGAAAAGGAAACAUUAGAUGGACGUGUUUAUAUUAGUCCACGUGGUGUUGGUGUACAUGCGACGAAACAUUUUAAAAUUCACAAACUUCCAAAUGUUCUUAUUAUACAUUUAAAACGAUUCAACUGUAUGGGUGGAAAGAUAACUAAAUUUAUACAAUAUCCAAAGUUACUUGAUCUUUCACCUUUCUGUACAGAAGAAGGAAUGUCAUACACUAUGGGUCAACGUAAACGUACUCUUGAUACGGAUAAAUCUUCAUGCCUAUAUGAACUAAACGCUGUAUGUAUUCAUGAGGGAAAUUCACUUAAUCAUGGUCAUUACUACAGUGUCGUACGUGCUCGCAAUGGGACGUGGUUAAUGUGUAAUGAUGAACGUACUUCCCAUUGUAAUGAGGAGGUGGCACUACGACAACAAGCGUAUAUGCUCUUUUAUUCUAAGUUAGAACCACAACAGAGUGCUUCUCCACGCACAAUGUCUGGACCAACAGCAUCAAACCAUACGAAAAAGGUACUCGUAUCAUCUGCUAUGCCAGUAACAGAAGAAAAAGAUGUGGGUCGAGUUUUAACAGAUGAAGAAGUGAAGAGAAUUAUGAAGGAAAAACAGGCUCAGAAACAUAACAUUGUACAAGCAACAAAUGGUAAAAGUAGUAAUGGAGAAAGGGGUAGUGGUGUUUGUAAUGGUGAUAAGAAUCAUGAUAUACAGCAGGGAUGUUCAAAUGGGUAUCAUUCUAAUGGUAAAAAAGAAGAAAAUAAAGAUGAAGAAGAUACAACUGGACAUGCAAGCGAACCUCAACAGAAUGGCCACCAUAACAAUGAUCCCCUCUCCCCAAUUGAUGCAUCUAAUGAUAAAGUGGUAAACAAAUCUCUUAAUGGGAAGAUACAUCCCAUGUACCAUGGUAUCAUACGCACUAUUCGACGCACCACACCAACAGAAACAGCACAAGUAGCAACAAAUUCCUCAGAUGUUGGGGAAGCAGUUGUGGGGAAACAAGUAGUAACAGAGGUGGAAAGAAUAAGAAAUGAGUCCGUACCCGCUACUGUUGCUCGUCCGUGCCAUGCGCGGAAGUUCCGCCAACGUGUGCGUGAUGAAAUGUGGGAAAGAGAAAUGGAUCGUGGUCGCGUUAAACGUGUGCGGGUAAAACGUGAGGAGUAUACAGGUGAGAACCGGUUUCAAAAGGCAGAUGUUGCAUUUGACAGUCGCGGUAGGCGGCAGCGUCGCCCAGAGUAA